AAUGAAUAAAUAAUACAUACCAGCGAAAGCACAAGAAAAAAUAUUUGGUUUAAUUCUUAAGAGACCAGAAAAUUUAAAUUGUGCUGAUUGUGCAACAAAAGGACCUCGUUGGGUUAGUUUAGAUUAUGGUAUAUUCAUUUGUAUGGAUUGUGCAGGUUAAACUUUAUUUUCAUUUUUUAGGAGCUCAUAGAACAUUAGGUCCUAGUGUUACAAGAGUAAGAUCGACUAAUAUAGAUGGAUGGUAUUAAGAAAAUAUUGAUAUUAUGGAAUCUAUUGGUAAUGGAACUGCAAAUUCAUAUUGGGAAAAUAAAAUGCCUAAAGAUUAUAUGUAAAUAAUUACAAAUAUCAAUUAAAUAGCAAACCUACUAUUAAUUAAGGUCUAGAUUCAUUAAUUAGAUUUGUAUAGGAAAAGUAUGUGAAAAAGAGAUUCAUACCUUAAAUAUCAUGUCCUGAUCCUAAAUAAUAAUAUAUUCUGACUAAAACGUAAUAUAUAUCUUAUAUACUUAAUUAGAGCAGUUAAACCUUAUUAUUUUAAUUAGCAAGAAAUAAAAGUAGAGGAACCUAAAGUAAAAUUGGGCGAUUUGAUUGAUUUUGAAGAUGACUUUUUUGGAGUCAAAAAACCUAUUGUAUAAGUUGAGGAAAACUAAGGAUAAAAUACUCAUUAAGGUACUACACGUUCAUUGUCACCUGAAAAAGAUUUCACAGAAUAUAUAUAAGCAACUCCUAAUAUUAAUCAACCUAUCCAUUCAUUACCUUCUUUAGACAUACUUACACUCUACAAAUCAGAAUCUUAAUAGACAUAAUAGUCUUAAUAAAUAAUACCAAAUAAGAACUCAAAUUAUGCUUAUUUAUCUAAUAUGGGAUAAUAAUAAAAUAGUGGUUUUUAUAAUUAAUAAUUAAAUUAUUAACAACAUCUUUAUUAAUAAUAAUAAUAAUAAUAAUAAUAUUAAUAAAAAAAUCAAUCGAAUGGACCUAUCAAUAUUAUGGAUUUAUAUUAAAAAUGA